GGGGGGUUGACCUAUAGUGAAAUCUGAAUUUAUUUUACACUACCUAAAUCAGCCAUGGUGGUUUUUUAUUUUUUUUAUGUGGAAUAAAAAUGAUAAUCAAACUAGAAAAGACUAAAUCACGUUUUUAAGGAGAAAGAUGAUGUGAUUGGGACUUUGGAGCCAGAUUUAGCAUCAUUAGCCAUCCUUCCGGGCAAAAUUUCUUCAAUUCCAAUUUGACAGUGGUGUUUGGUUUGUUAUUUUGUCGCAUUUAAUUGUAAUCCAAAGCGAAAUACUUUCAGAUUUUUACUCUGCUAAUACUUUGUUCUGUAUUCCACAUAAAAUACGGUUUGAUGGAGCCGGAGAGCUGUGGCAUUGGCAUUAUUAAUUGAAGCAGAAUGGUUGUCCAACUGGGAAGGGCAACUUGCUUUCUCUCUGUGAUUGCAGCAAAAAAAACCUUACACCAGAAAAAUGGAGUAGCAUGUUUGUUUGGACGUCAUCUUACAUCUCAUUUUGCCACUUGAAAGUGAGAUGUGUUUAAAGUGAAAAACGUAAUCGUAAAUAAAAAAGUUGUUUGGAUGGUAUUUUAGCAAAAAGUUAUUUUUUUUAUUCAAAUAUUAAGUACGAAAAAUAUCACUAAAAAAUAGAAAAGUGUCAAUUUUAAUCACUAUAAAAAAAUUUUAAAAAAUGAUCACUAAACAAUAGAUCAAAAAACGUGCAAAGUUUGGAUUUAGUCACUGAAUUAAUUUUUAGUUCCAAAAAUGGUCACUACACUAAUUUUAGUUCCCAAAAAUGGUCAUUACACUAGUAAAAUAUUGAAAGUUUGAUUUUAAAAUGUAAAUUAGAAAGUUGUUUGGAUUUUAUUCUUUUUCCAUUGAAUUUUGUAUUUAAGAGAUAAAAUGAGUUAAAAUGUAAAAAUGAGACGAAAAACAAGUAUAUGCAUUUUGUCGAAUUGAUGGGACAGAAGUUUACAGCAAACAACAAAGCCUGAUUAUCAGGGCUCCAGCCCAAAGCUUUAAACCAACUCCGACAGGCCCAACUGACUGGCAGCAGCAGUCUACUUUUAAUUUAAGCCCAUAUGAGCUGAAUCGUCUUCCUACGCCGUGAGAGGAGAGACACAGAGGUUUCUGUCAAUGAAGAGACUCUGUAUCUUCAUCCGGGCUUUUCGUAAAACCCUACCUUCCACCCGCCAUUUCUGCACUGCUUCCUCGUUCGCCAUUAAAAAUGUCACGAGGUCCAACUUCGAGCCGACGCUCGUCGAGCUCCGGCGUCACGUCAGAGACGCCGACUUCGUCGCCGUCGACCUGGAAAUGACCGGCGUCACCAGCGCUCCUUGGAGAGAGUGUUUUGGGUUUGAUCGCUCUGAUAUUCAGUAUCUAAAAGUUAAGGACUCCGCUGACAAAUUCGCUGUCGUUCAAUUUGGCGUUUGCCCCUUCCGCUGGGAUCCUCACAAGCAGUCCUUCAUUGCUCAUCCGCACAACUUUUACAUCUUUCCACGGCAAGAAAUCAAGGGAGAUGAUGAUUCAUUGUAUGAAUUCCAUUGCCAGACUACUUCAAUUGAUUUCUUAGCUAGAUACCAGUUCGAUUUCAAUACAUGUAUUCGUGAUGGAAUAUCUUAUUUGUCCAGAAACCAAGAAGAGGAAGCCUUGAGGCGAUUGAAUGAAAGAUACAAGGACGAUUUGCCUGAUUCAUUGACAAGUGUGAGAGAAGUCUUAGACAUGAAACUAGACAGGGUAGCCGACAUUCUUUUUACUGAGAGAUUAAAGAAUAACAUUGCCGAAUGGCUUGAUAGAUUGUUACGGGAGGGGAAUAGUGGAAGAUUAGAGACUGAGAACAGGUCAAAGGCUUCAAGUCAGAAGAUGAAAACUAUUUUCUUCAAAAUGCACCCUGCCAUUGAUCUCAGUGGAUUUACCUUGCAUCAACUAAGGUUGAUUCAGUUGAUUGUUAAAAAACAUUUUAAAGAUCUGGUAUUUGUCUCCGUGACCAAUGAAGCUUCCUGCCAACAGCACCUGAUUGUUUACACCGAAUCAAGAAGUGAUCAGGACUUACUUCUGAGAGAGGUGAAGGAUUGCAUUAGGAAAGAAUCGGAGAUGAAGAUUAAAGGAGCCAUUGGAUUCCGGCAAGUUAUUGAUCUACUCUCCUCCGAGAAAAAGUUGAUUGUUGGGCACAAUAGUUUUCUGGAUGUGGCACACGUCUACAGAAAAUUUAUCGGCCCUCUUCCUUCAACUGCCAAAAAUUUUGUAGCAGCUGUCCAGAAGUAUUUCCCGUUCAUAAUUGAUACGAAAGUGAUGUUGAAUACCAACUCCGUACUUGAAACCCUUCUUAAGAGAAGUAGUCGCAAUACAUCAUUGUCUAAAGCAUUUGCGUUGCUCUGCCCUCAAAUAGCUUCUGUUGAAAAACCUUCUGGGUCAGAUGAUAAGUAUCUUGUCAAAGUGGAAGUUCAAGUUGAUGACAAGAGGUCCCAAAACUGGAAUUCUGGAGCCAAGCAUGAGGCAGGGUACGAUGCAUUCAUGACAGGUUGUGUUUUCGCUCAGGCAUGCAGUUAUUUGUGUGUUGAUUUCAAUUGCCAUCCACCCUCAUCCUCUUGGCCUCACAAUGAGAAGCUUCAGGGGUAUGUCAAUCAUCUCUAUCUUAGCUGGAUCAAUGGAGAUAUUAUCGACCUAAGAUCUGGGAAUUGCAAACCAGAACUAACCAGUUCUAGAAACUGGAAAAAUCGAUGCGCGCAGAUUCUAUAUCAAAAUAUGGUUGUGCUGUGGGGAUUUCCAUCUAAACUCAAGGCAAGUGAGAUUCGAGAAUGCUUUUCUAAAGCUUUUGGUUCAACUUCUGUCUCAAUGAUUUACUACCUGGAUAAAACUGCUGUGUUUAUCCAGUUCAGUAAAGAAGAGUUAGUGUCAGAAUUUUUGGUACUGAAGAAAACCUUAGAAAGAAGUAAUGAUCCUAUAUCGGUUAUACACCCCCUGUCGAAAGUUCUUGAAGGUGGGCAAACAUGUGCUGGUAAUUACGAGGCCUACAAAUCAAUCUGCAGUUCAUCUAUUUCAAAAGUCUUCUUCGCAGAUCAGGCUGAUGCGGUUGGUAUCCAAUGGAAAACACAGUCCCUGGGACCUGUUCCAGAAGACGAAAUGGUGCCCAACAAAAAUAAAGUGUUGCCUGAUUCUCCCUAUCAAACAGAGAAUGUGGAGGAAGUUCUGUCAAAUGGUAAUAACUAUCGCGAUGAACUGGAUUCUUUUUUCCCAGCUCAAGCAGCUCAGUUACGAAGUAGAUAGUUCAGGUAAUCUGUAAUCUCAUUUAGUUCAAGAGAUAGCAAUGUAUAACAUAGCUCAGAUUCCUUGGGAAUUUGUAAAGAUGAAAAUCAGAUUUUUGUUAACUUGAGAGUAUUCACAAAAGGAGAUCUCAAAUAGAGUUUUUCGCUCAAUGAAUUGCAAAUUGCUCGACUCAGUUGCUCUCUCCAUUCCUAUCUUCGCUUCGAGGUUAUUUUGCGCAUGUGACCAGACCUUAAUCAUCAACGUUAAUAAAAGAUAAAAGCCAGUUAGAAUCCUGAAUUCCCCUCUCAUCUAC